AUGGUUCUCUACUCUGGAUUUGAAGAUUGGGUAUUGGCAGUUGAAGAUUCGGCCGGAGGACAGGGAAAAGACAGCUUUCUCGGUGGGGAAUGGACUUUGGCAAUUCACGGUGAUGCCGUUUGGAAACAAGUGAAAUAUUUAGGGCAUGUGAUUUCGGCCGAGGGGAUUUUAACGGAUCCUGAGAAAGUUACGGCUGUAGCGGAGUGGCCUGUUCCGCAGAACAAGAAGCAGGUUCGCAGUUUCCUUGGGUUUUGCUCUUAUUACCGUAAGUUUGUGAAAGGUUUUUCUCUUAUUGCUAAGCCACUGUUUGUUUUGACGGAGAAUCAGGUUAAGUUCAUUUGGACGAAGCAGUGUCAGGAGGCGUUUGUGAAUCUCAAGCAGGCGUUGUCUUCACCUCCGAUACUUUCUUUUCCUCUUGAGGAAGGGGAAUUAAUUCUGGACACGGAUGCUUCCGGUCAUGGUGUUGGUGCAGUUUUGUCGCAAGUUCAGCAUGGAACGGAAAAGGUCAUUGCCUAUUAUAGUAGAGUGUUGAAUAAGUCUGAGAGGAACUAUUGUGUUACUCGGCGGGAAUUGCUGGCGAUGGUAGACUCAAUUAAGUCCUUUCAUCACUCUCUAUACGGACGGAAAUUUCUGGUUCGAACUGACCAUGCUUCUCUUAGGUGGUUGAUGUCUUUUAAGGAUUUGGAGGGUCAGUUGGCUCGUUGGGCGGAGAGGCUGCAGCAAUACGAUUUUGAGGUAGUUCAUCGGAGCGGUCGGGCGCACAAAAACGCGGAUGGUCUCUCUAGGCGGCCUUGUGCGGAAUCUAGCUGCAAGUAUUGCUCGAAGAUGGAAGUGAGAGAUGCUUUGGAGCAGGAGGGGCGAGUAGCUCGUAUAGUUUUAGAGGAAAAUACUUCCGGGGAGUGGCGUGAAGAUCAGUUGGAGGAUCCGGCUGUAUCGGUCAUUUUGCUAGGAAAGGAGAGGGACAGACGUCCUUCGUGGGAGGAGGUUUCGGCUAGAGGCCNUUCUUCAAGAAUUUACUGGUCCCAUUGGGACGCUUUAGUCGUUGUGAAUGGAGUUUUACAUAAGAGAUCUUCAAUGCUGGUGCACCUUUUGAGAUUACAGAUGGACGUUCUGGGUCCUUUUCCAGCGUCUUCUUCAGGAAAUAAAUAUCUUCUUGUGGUGGUAGACUGUUUCACCAAGUGGGUGGAGGCUUUUCCUUUGAAGAAUAUUAGAGCGUCGACCGUUGCGGAAGUUUUUGUUAAUCAGAUGGUUUCCAGGUUUGGUGUGCCGUUGGAGUUGCACACAGAUCAGGGGAAGAAUUUUGAGUCUUGGCUUUUUCAGGAGCUAUCGUGGUUGUUGGGGAUAAAGAAGACGAGGACUACUGCUCUUCACCCGCAGUCGGAUGGGCAAGUUGAAAGACAGCAUCAGACGAUACUACAGUACUUGUCUAAAUUUAUCGAUGAGAAUCAGAGGAGUUGGGAUCGUUGGGUAUCUAUGUUCUUGCUUGCUUAUAGGUCUUCUAGGCAUGAAACUACGGGAGCUACUCCGGAUGAGUUGAGUUUCGGUCGAGAUCUGCGUUUACCAUUAGAUUUGUUGCGAGGUACUCCGCCGAAUUAUUGUUCGGAUUCUUCAGAGGAUUAUAUUCAGGAGUUAGGGGCAAAAUUGGAGGAAAUUCAUCAGGGUGUUAGGGAGCGAUUGGCGUUGGGGUCGAAUAAGGCGAAGUGGUAUCAAUGCGCCGGUUUUGCCAUUAUUCAACAUGGAGUCGUGGGCAACGAUAGCUGCGGAUGCGUCAAGGGGACGAAGACGACGAACUGUACCACCUGUAGAGCGGUGACCGGGAAAAGAACCGCCAGCGAACGAUCGGCCGUUAGCGAACAAUUGACCGUCAGCGAACGAUCAGCCGCCAGCGAACGAUCGGCCGCUAGCGAACAAUCGGCCGUCAGCAAACAAUCGGCCGCCAGCGAACGAUCAGCCACCAGCAAACGAUCGGCCACCAGCAAACGAUCAGCCGCCAGCAAACAAUCGGCCGCCAACGAACGAUCAGCCGCCAGCAAACAAUCGGCCGCCAGCGAACGAUCGGCCGCCAGCGAACGAUUGGCCGCCAGCAAACGAUCGGCCGCCAGGUAA